AUGGGAGACAUUGGAGCACAACAUAUUGGCGAUGCUUUACAACACAAUACUGCACUCACAACUCUUAACCUGUCUGGAAACGAAAUUCAAGACACUGGAGCACAACAUAUUGGCGAUGCUUUACAACAUAAUACUGCACUCACAACUCUUAACCUGACUGCCAAUCAAAUUCGAGACACUGGAGCACAACAUAUUGGCGAUGCUUUACAACAUAAUACUACACUUACAACACUUAACCUCUCCGAGAAUCAAAUUGGAGAUAUAGGAGCACAACAUAUUGGUAAUGGUUUACGACACAAUACUACACUUACAACACUUAACCUCUGCGAGAAUCAAAUUGGAGAUAUAGGAGCACAACAUAUUGGGGAUGCUUUACAACACAAUGCUACACUUACAACACUUAACCUCUCCAAAAAUCAAAUCGGCGACAAAGCAGCAGAAUAUAUUGGCGAUGGUGUACGAAAUAAUACUGCACUCACAACACUUGAACUCUCCUACAAUCGAAUUGGACACAUUGGAGCACAACAUAUUGGCAAUGGUUUACGACAAAAUACUGUAAACACUAAUUCUAUCUUAAAUCUCUAAUCUUUGAACUAUCUACACGUUUCGCACAGACACUCACAACACUUCACCUCCACCGCAAUCAAAUCGGAGACAUAGGAGCACAACAUAUAGGAGAUGGUUUACGACACAAUACUGUAAACACUGAUUCCAUCUUGAGCCUCUUACCUUUGAACCAUCAACACGUUUUGCACAGACACUCACAACACUUGACCUCCACUACAAUCAAAUCGGAGACAUCGGAACACAACAUAUUGGCGAUGGUUUACGACACAAUACAGUAAACAUUGAUGCUAUCUUAAACCAUAUCAUUUAGCCACCUACAAUUUUCGCAUAGGCACUGACAACACUUAACCUCCGGUCGAAUCGAAUCGGAGACAGAGCAGCGAAACAUCUCGCUGAUUCUCUACAGCAAAACACUGUGAAUACUUAUUCUAUCUAACAUUGUGCCAUCUUCUACGCUUUUCACACAGACACUCACAACACUUGACCUUCAUUUGAAUGCAAUCGGACACAUAGGAGCACAACAUAUUGGCGAUGCCUUACACAACAAUACUGUAAAGAUUCAUUCGAUCUUCAACCAUAUCAUUUAAACUAUGUAUAUGUCUCAGAUAGGCACUCACAACACUUGUCCUGUCAGGAAAUGAAGUCGGAGACAUAGGAGCGCAGCAUAUUGGCGAUGGUUUAACACAUAAUAGUGUAAACAUUCAUUAUAUCUUAAACGAUAUCAUUGAACUACGUACACUUCUCACAUAGGCACUCACAACACUUAUCCUCGCUAGCAAUCAAAUCAAAGACAUAGGAGCACAACAUAUUGGCUAUUGUUUACAACACAAUACUGUAAGCAUUCAUUCUGUGUUAAAGUAUACCAUCUAACCAUCUACCGUUUCCAUAAAGACACUCAGAACACUUAACCUUUCUUACAAUAAAAUCGGAGACAUUGGAGCACAAUAUAUUGGCGAUGCUUUGGAGCACAAUACUGUAAAGAUUCAUUCUAUCUUGUACCAUAUGGUUUAUCGAUCUACACUUUUCGCACAGACACUCACAACACUUAACCUGCAUUACAAUGCGAUUGACCGGAGAGUUUUGAUUCGAGUGAUGGAUUUGGUCAAGCAAAAUAAUCAUGGAAAGUCUAAUGGAAAUUAAAAUCGAAAACAGUGUGUUGAGUAGGGAAAGGCUCUAGUGAAUAUGUGAGCUAGGUUCAUUGUUGUUUUUCUUGAACUCUUGGACAUAAAUAUUUCGAUUAUUAUCAGUUCGACGCCAGGUUAGCGGUUUUAGUUUUAGAGUGGAAAGGGGGGAGGGGGGAGGGGGGGGGGGGGGGGGGGGGAGGGGGAAGAAGAAGAAUAUAAAUCGUCGUCGCACGACAACGCUUGUUUCUGCGUAUGGCAACAAGACUUCAUGAGAUAUGUGAAGGUUCUUACUAUCCUUCCGCUGUAUAUAUAUAUCCAAAUAAGUAAAGCCAAAAGUCCCACUACUACAUAAACAACUGGCUAUAUAUAGCAACAGAGAGAACAGAGAGAACACAGAGAGAACAGAGAGAACACAGAGAGAGAAGAUAGAUCACGAAUAUGAAGAUAGUACAAAUCAAAUAACAAAGGGAGAGAAGAUAGAUCACAAACAUAAAGAUAGUACGAACACCUGGAUAUCUCUCGGACAGAGGAGAGAAAGAGAAAGAGAGAAGAUAGAUCAUGAACAUAAAGAUAGUACAAACACCUGGAUAUCUCUCGAACAGAAGAGAGAGAGAGAAAGAGAGAAGAUAGACCAUGAACAUAAAGAUAGUGCAAACACCUGGAUAUCUCUCGAACAGAGAAGAGAGAAAGAGAAAGAAGAUAUAUCAUGAACAUAAAGAAGGUACGAAUCAAACAACAGGUGAGAUGUAGGAAGAUAAUAAGAGAUACUGUAGAUGGGGCGACUCUACGACCUAACUGGAGAGCAGGUCGUAACAAGGUGGUCAAGUUAAUAUAAUAUUUAUUUGGAAAUUUCUAAUUCUGACUGCAUAUGAACAGUUAACAUUUGAGAUACAAGCAGAAUCAAGAAUUGUUAACACUUCUGCACACUUAAAUUUUUGAGUGAGAUUUAGUGUAAACUAUAGCCUUUGCUGAUUAUAGAAGUCAAGAUUCAUUGUUGUUGGAAACGUUUUACGAAAUGUGAAAGAUUUUUAUUCUCAAAAUCAGGUCGUAAAUUUAGAAGGGCAUAGGAGCACCGGUUUUGACCUUAUUCAAGGAUCACAUCAGGUGAUUAAAGACAUCUUAAUAGAUCAAACAAUUAAUUCAAAUGUCAUUUUGCAUUCCUUAAGCAAAUUUUGAGGAAAUGCACGAAUUGUGAGGCUAUUAAUCUAGAGCCAUAGAUUGAAAUCCUCGGCACGACGCGAUUCACUCUUGGAUAGAGGUCUCCUUCAAGUGUCUUUACUAUCUAUUAUUACAUUAAAUUCCUAAAUUCUACAAAUUAGCUGAAAGGUAAAGGAACUUUUGUAAUAAUUCAAAAACAAUAUAUCAGAGCAUACUAUUCCAGAUAUCAGCUACCCUCAUUCAUUUCCCUACUAACUGAUGGAGCACAGCAAAGAGCAACCGAUCGACUUGUAUUUUUAACCGCCAAAUGAAUGUUUUAGGCCCAAUGCUUUCUUUUCACGAAGACGCUAUCUAUUGAGAGUACUAUUUAAAUUCAACGGAAUAUAUGACUUCGCAACAAAAUGCUGAAAGAAACCCUCGUAAAAAUUUCCCAUGGCACUCGUAUCAUGCAAAUAUAACUACUGAUUAGGACUACAUAAUAUUUCUAUCUACAAUAGCAAGAGUCAUAUAUUUACUAUCAGAUGUGAAAUUUAUCAGAUAUUACAAACAAAAACAUGAAGAACAAUUUUUUUUAAUUUACUUCAAACAUAACAAUAGAAACACUGCGCAUAUAAAACAAGCCACAAAUUCCACAAAAAAUACGACAAAAUUACUACCGAGCAACCAAUAGUGUAGAAAUAAAUUUAGAAGUAAAAAGGAAACAUAAUUCCUAGACGAGAUGUUGCGAAAUCCAUACAGCAAUGAUUGUAUAUUUGUAUGGAUUAUUGAAAUUCUCCAUAGAAAAACAUUUGAGUUUUGCUGCGUCGUUCAUUAGAUUUAUUCUGUAUAAUCAAUUCUUGAGUCUAAAAGUCCGUAUAGCAUUAAAGAUUUAGGGUGUGGGUGGGGUGUGGGUGGGGUGAAGGGUGGGUGGGGUGAGGGGUGGGUGGGGUGAGGGGUGGGUGAGUGUGGGUGGGGUGUGGGUGUGGGUGGGGUGUGGGUGGGUGGGGUGAGGGGUUGGUGGGUGUGGGUGUGGGUGUAUUAAAGAAAAUUCACACCACACACCAGCACCCCACAUCCACACCCACACCCACACUCACACCCACACCCACACCUACACCCACACCCACACCCACACCCAUCCACACCCACACCCAUCCACACCCACACCCACACUCAUACUCACACCCACACCCCACCCACACCCACACCCAUACUCACACCCACACCCCACCCACACCCACACCCGCAUCCACACCCACCCACACUCCACACCCACACUCGCAC